UACCCCCAGAAAAAGAAAUGAGAGUUAUUAAGAGGUUAAAGAAGGUAAAAAUAUAUGUACAGGGCCUCAUUAACCCCGUGGGCGGUGCCAGGAGCGCCCGGACAGCCCCGCUGCAGUGCAUCUCCGUGGAGGAAGGACACUCCAAGCCCGUUCUCCGCGUGGACGCCACCAACGAGCUGCUCUUCUCCGGAUCCAAAGACCGGAGCUGCAAAAUGUGGAACCUGGUGACGGGCCAGGAUAUCGCCUCGCUAAAGGGCCACCCCAAUAAUGUGGUGUCCAUCAAGUACUGCAGCCACUCAGGGUUGGUCUUCACUGUCUCCACCUCCUACAUCAAGGUGUGGGAUAUCCGGGAUUCGGCCAAAUGCAUCCGCACCCUCACCUCUUCAGGUCAGGUGAUCUCUGGGGACGCCUGUGCUGGGACGACCACCCGCACCAUCGCCAGCGUGCAGGGGGAGCACCAGAGCAACCAGAUGGCACUCAACCCCACCGGCACCAUGCUCUACGCUGCCGCCGGGAACAUUGUCCACAUCUGGGAGCUCAACAGGUUGCAGCCUAUCGGGAAGCUGACCGGCCACAUCGGGCCUGUGAUGUGUCUCACUGUGAACCAGACUGCGAGCAACCAUGACCUGGUCGUCACCGGCUCCAAGGAUCACUACGUCAAGAUGUUUGAGAUUGCGGACAGCGUGGUGGGGAACGUCGGCCCCACCCAUAACUUCGAGCCCCCGCACUACGACGGCAUCGAGUGUCUGGCCAUCCAGGGCGACGUGCUCUUCAGCGGCUCCGGGGACAACGGGAUCAAGAAGUGGGACCUGCAGCAGCAGGAGCUCCUCCAGCAAAUCCCCAACGCGCACAAGGACUGGGUCUGCGCCCUGGCCUUCGUCCCCGGCCGCCCCAUGCUGCUGAGCGCCUGCCGCGGGGGUGUGGUGAAGGUCUGGAACAUGGAGAACUUCUCGCCCGUUGGGGAGAUCAAGGGCCACGACAGCCCCAUCAAUGCCAUCUGCACCAAUUCCAAGCACAUAUUCACUGCUUCCAGCGACCUGACAGUGAAGCUCUGGAGCUGGAGAAGAUUGCUGAACGGCCCGACCUAGGCACUGGAAAGGCCGGAGCCAGGGGGACUGUCAGGCUCCCUGGCGGGCCCAGGCCCCAGCCCCUCUCCCUGGCUGUGAAGAGCUGGGAGCGGCCUGGCCUGUGUGUGCUCCAGUUUCCAGGACUCUGGGGUGACGGCGUCUCAGCUGGGGCUUUGUGAACUGCCCGCUUCCACGGCUAGGGGGCGUUGUUCCCGUCCAGCCCCACGCUGGGUUUCCAUGAUGCACAGGGCUUUCUGCUGACCAGGGCGUGGCCAGGCAGUGCUUCAGGACAUGGCCUUGCCAGCCACGGGGAGGCCCCCAAGUUGAGAGACUCAACGGGAUCAUUCCAAUCUGUCCCGCAGCCCGUUCAGCAGCCCCAGAUCCUGGAUGUGCGAGAGGGAUCCUGCCACCUGCAUCCUGCUGCUGGCCUCUGCUCCUCCUGGGUGCCUGGGGUCUCAUUCCUUCUGCAAGCGGGUGCAGGCCCCUCUCCACGCUUCGUCGUUCAGCAGAGCUGGGAUCUGCCGGCCGGUACCGAAAUACGGAGAGGGCUUGUGUGCUGCCGACCCCAGCCUAGCACCAGCAGGGUGCAUGGAGCCCCGUUCGCAGCACUGGCUGCGGUACCAUCCUGGAGCUGGGACUCACUCUGUCCCAUCUGCUACCAUGUGUGCUGCAGGGGCAGGGCUGACUAAGGUCUAGCACCCUACGGCUCACCCCUUUCAGGCCCCCAAUUAGCGGUUAGCACCGUAGAGCCAGAGUGCUAGCCCGGUUCCCACUAAUCACUGGUGACAGGGCACAGUGUCCACUUCAGAAGCUGACUCCUUUAGCCCCCAAAGCCUUGGGGGAAGCCUGUGGUUCCGACAGGUCCCAUCCCUUAGGCUCCUCAGGACACAGUAGUAACCCCCCUUCUGAGGGCCCUGUUCUGCAGCCCUUAUGUUGGGCAGGGCCGUGGGCCUGCAGCAGGAGACUGCUUGGCAGCGCUCCCCAGCAUAAGGGUUACAGACCUGGGGCUGCACUACUCGGAAGGUGGAGUCUCAUGAGCAACGGGGUGUCCCAGCACUGACUCUCUCCCAGGACCCUGUUUCCUUCCUGGUCCUUUACACUCAGCCCUUCCACCUCCCCCUGACCCCCAUUUCAGGUACGAUCCCCCAAAGAGCACAAGGGUCAGUUUUUUCUCUGAGCUGACAGCGUCUCCCAUGCCACCACCCACUUCAGCCCUAGAAACAAAGUCACUUGCUUUAAGAUUCCAAGGCAAAGUUUCUCUCUGGCCAGAGCUGGGUUGUGGGACCCAGGGGAGUAGGACAAAUGGCCUUCAUCGGUGGCCUCUUCAAAGGCAGUGGGCCAUUGGCACUGGGACUGACCCAGAGCGGGGCUCGUUCCACCCCUCCCUGCCAUACCUCAAAGUUCCGCCCCACGAUUCUUCUGGUGCCCAGCCCUGCAACUCUUAGCUGAAUUGUCCCAUGCCUCACCCUGUUCGUCCAGGGGCUCCUCCACCUUCCACUACAGCCCUGCUUUACCCUGGGGACAAUGCCCAGCCUGGGGUGUAGUCUGUCUGCGUGAUCCCCACCAGGCACUGGCAGGAGCACUGCUUUACAUUAAGGUUCUUUUGGUGAUGGGCUAACCUUACCCCGGUCCUGCAUUUCCAGUGUGAACAGCUGGAGAUGGAAACCCAGACAAUAGAGAUGGAGCAGGACUAACCGUGGUCACUUUGUCUAGCCCUCAC